UGCAGCCUGGUUGAUGUUAGGUGAGACAAGAACAGAGAUAACUCCAAAAUAAAUCGACAAUAUGUACGAGACAGCUGUAUAUGGAUAAAGCAUAGCCUGAAAAAAGUAUCAACAUGUCUUCAAAUUCAGAUGUUCCCCAUAGUAAUCCUUCGGUGGACAGAGGCUCUGGCCAGACUGAUGGUGCAAGCAAGGGAGACAACCCAAAAGAGGAUCCAGGAGAUAUCUGUACCAGUCAAACAGCAGUAAACCAACGGCAGUUUUCAGGAAAUAAAGAAAAAGGUUCACAUCAUAAGAAUUUUACAAGUGGACCAUCACCUCUGUCACAUGAUAUGUAUGAACCCAAGUGUGAUUACCCACAAAGUAGGAAUGAUGAUUACAAAGGAAAGAAAGCUGACCAAGAGGGUGACUUUAAUCGUGAAGGUGGUGCUCAUAGUGGAUACACCCCUGUAACAAGGACAAGAGAAAAAAGGACAGAAUCUGGGCCAGACUUCCACAACUUGGAUUAUUCAGGUAAUUUUAAAAUCAACUUAAUAUCCCUGGAGUCCAGAAAGAAUGUAUUGAAGAUGGAAAAGGAUGAAGAAGAAUUUGUCAAGUUCUAUCAUCUGUUUCAUUCUGAUUUGCAGUUGGAUACAGUAAAACAGGCUUUGCUCUCUGAACUAAAACUUGUGGUGACAAGAGAUGGAUACCCUCCUUCUGUCUGUCCACAGCAAGGAGCCUCAGCUCCUUUAGAUAUAAGUGUAAAACGUGUCCUUACUUGUCUGUGUUAUCAACUUCAAGCUGUGAAUAUUUCUUCUACAUCCUGGGACAUAGACCAUGUCAAGGAAACUCUGUCAUCAUUGGAAAGCUACCAGAAGGGCAUUGUGAUUGGCUAUGAAGUGUCAGGUGAUAACAUCAACUACUGGCUGGCUGGGGAACGUGGUGCCAUGAAGAUCACCAUGGAUGUUCUUACUCAGCAGAGAGGAUACAAGGAACGAUGGAAUGAUGAGUCAGGACAAAAUGUCAACAGUCCAUCACAGGUGUCAACAAGUGAACCAAUGGAUCAGAACAUUGACAGAGUUCAAGUUCAGACUAAGGUUUAUAGCAAUCCCAUUGGAGAUUCACAUGGAGGACAGAGUGUUGGAGCACAGAAUAUGGCAACAACAUCCCGCAGUACAGAGGGCCAAACAGGUCAAAAUGUCUCUACCAGAAAUGAUGGAAAUCAAACAGAGGCAGACUUCACUGCUACAUUAAAGCUUGGUAGACUUCAAACGAAAAUUUUGUCAUCCAUACCAAUAAUAGAAGAUUUAAGACAAAAAUUUAAAAAUUUGAAAUUAGAACAAGAUGGCAGUCACGGUCUACAAAUUGUUGGAGAUAAGACGACUGUCAUUAGAGUUGAAGCAGAUAUCCAGAGUCAGCUGAAGGAAAUAGAGAAAGAGAAAGUUAACUUGUCCAGCAGAGAUAUGCGACCUGAGCAGGUGAGCAUGUUAGGAGUCGGAACUGUACUGGACCAUAUACAGGAAUGUUAUAUCAGAUGUCAGCAUCUGGCAUGUUACCUUGAACACGAUAAAGACACUACAAUGGUGUAUGCUACUGUAGCCGACAAGGAGAAAGUUCUCCAAGUGAUUCAGUCUGCCAUUUUCUACAGAGAAUUUGAGAAAGACGUCCCUACAUGGAGGUUAUUCUUGAACUCACCAGAUGUACAGGAGGAGGUACGUGUCUUGCAGGAGAGAUACAAUGGCAGGGUUGUCAUAACAACACAGGAAAGUUCAAUGAAGCUGGUAUGUACUUCUGAUGUUACAGAUGUUGUAUUAGAAAUUUUAAACAAGAUGAAAGAAGAUUUCUCACAAGUAGGAACAAAAACAUUUCAGUACACACCAGUUGGAUACCUGACAGUAAAACUCUGUGCUAAAGUACUGCAAGAUCAUCUUGAUAGCAUAGAAAAGAAAUAUGGUGUUGAAAUUCGUCCCGUCCAGAAGAAAGAAAAACAGGGAUGGAUAGUAAAAGGUCCAAAUGGAACACUGGAUAAAGCUUGUGAUGAUGUGAAGAAACACACCGCAACAGUGACAGCAAAAAACCUUUGGCUUAAAGACAAGGUCAGCAAAGACUUCUUUGAAUCAAAACAGGGACAGGACAUGAUGGUGGGAGUUGGUGAGGAUACAGGAUGUCACGUGACCAUGGUGAAACAGGAAGUUGAUGUGACUGAAGGGAAAACAUCGAGGUCUGACAGACAAGGAUCAGCCACACAGCAAUCCUCUAAUCUGGCUGGACGUCGGUGGAGAACAGGAGAUGGACCAUGUAUAGAACUGUACUGUGGAGAUGGCAGCAAGUCUACAUCUGAUGUCUUGGUGAAGCUGAAAAGAGGAGGAGGCAUAGUGGUCUAG